AUGGCAGCCGGGCGGAGGGAGCUGCGGCCCGAGUCAGCCGCGGCUGGUGUUUGCGGCAGGGUAGGCCCCUCGCCGCCGCCUUGUAGCGGGGAGGAAGGGAGAAGGUUUGUGUUCGGUCAGAGGCUAAAGAUAAGAGCCUGCGGGGAAGAGGAAGGCUAAGCCUCUGUCCUGCAGCGAUAGGCGAAUGACACGUGUCAAGUAGGAGAGAUACUGCUCAGGGAAAGGGCUCCGCGAGCCGUGCUGUGACACGGGGGGAAGGAGUAGUGCACAGGGGAGCGUUAACAGAAACUUUUGUUCACGUGCAGGAUAUGUUUUGGAGUUGCAGACAGAGUAUCUUUGCUGAAAUGAAGAAGAAAUUUUCACAGGUAGAAAGUGCUGCUGAGGAGCCCAGAGUGCUGUGUAUAAUACAAGAUACCACAAAUUCAAAGACAGUGAAUGAACGUGUUACUUUGAACCUUCCAGCUUCCACUCUGCUUAAAAAGCUGUUUGAAGAUGUGGCUUCAAAAGUGGGCUAUGUGAAUGGGACCUUUGAUUUAGUGUGGGGAAAUGGAGAUAAUGUAACUGAUACGACUCCAAUAGAUCAGAACAGUGACAAAACUAUUCUUGAUGCUGGUUUUGAGCCAGGGAAGAAAAAUUUUCUACAUUUGACAGACAAAGAUGGUGAGCAACCUCAUAUAAGAUCGGAGGAAUCAGGUACAACAGAUGACAGUAUGCAAGACAGAUUUAUAGGCCCACUUCCAAGAGAAGGCUCUGUUGGCUGUACCAGUGAUUAUGUCAGUCAAAGCUACUCAUAUUCUUCAGUCCUGAGCAAAUCAGAGACAGGCUAUGUGGGUCUAGUAAAUCAAGCAAUGACUUGCUACUUGAACAGCCUUUUACAAACGCUUUUCAUGACUCCUGAGUUUAGAAAUGCAUUAUAUAAAUGGGAAUUUGAAGAAUCUGAAGAGGAUCCUGUGACAAGUAUCCCAUACCAGCUUCAAAGGCUGUUUGUUUUGCUGCAGACCAGCAAAAAAAGAGCAAUUGAAACAACAGAUGUUACACGGAGUUUUGGAUGGGACAGCAGUGAGGCAUGGCAGCAACAUGAUGUACAGGAGCUUUGUAGAGUCAUGUUUGAUGCUUUGGAGCAGAAAUGGAAGCAAACAGAACAGGCCGAUCUUAUAAAUCAGCUGUAUCAAGGCAAACUGAAAGACUAUGUAAGGUGUCUAGAAUGUGGCUAUGAAGGAUGGAGAAUCGACACUUACUUGGAUAUUCCUUUGGUCAUCCGCCCGUAUGGCUCCAACCAGGCAUUUGCUAGCGUGGAAGAAGCACUGCAUGCUUUCAUUCAGCCUGAGAUUCUUGAUGGCCCCAAUCAGUAUUUUUGUGAGAGGUGUAAGAAGAAAUGUGAUGCAAGGAAGGGCCUGCGGUUCUUGCAUUUUCCAUAUCUGUUGACAUUACAGCUGAAGAGAUUUGACUUUGAUUAUACCACUAUGCACAGAAUUAAACUCAAUGAUCGUAUGACGUUUCCAGAGGAGUUAGACAUGAGUAUUUUCAUUGAUGUCGAAGAUGAGAAAUCUCCUCAGACUGAAAGUUGCACUGAUAGUGGAGCAGAAAAUGAAGGCAGUUGUCACAGUGAUCAGAUGAGCAAUGAUUUUUCUAAUGAUGAUGGGGUCGAUGAAGGAAUCUGCCUUGAAAGCAACAGUGCAGCAGAAAGAAUUUCUAAAGUUGGAAGUGAAAAGAAUUCUCUACUGUAUGAGCUCUUUUCUGUUAUGGUUCAUUCUGGAAGUGCUGCUGGUGGCCAUUACUAUGCCUGUAUAAAAUCAUUUAGUGAUGACCAAUGGUACAGUUUUAAUGACCAGCAUGUUAGCAAGAUAACUCAGGAAGAUAUUAAGAAAACAUAUGGUGGAUCUUCUGGAAGCAGAGGCUAUUAUUCCAGUGCUUUUGCCAGCUCCACAAAUGCGUACAUGCUAAUAUAUAGACUGAAGGAUCCAGCAAGAAACGCAAAGUUUCUUGAGGCACAUGAGUAUCCAGACCACAUUAAACAAUUAGUACAGAAAGAGAGGGAAUUGGAAGAACAAGAAAAGAAGCAACGGGAAAUUGAGCGCAACACUUGCAAGAUUAAAUUGUUCUGUAUGCAUCCUACAAAACAAAUAAUGAUGGAGAACAAAUUAGAGGUUCAUAAGGACAGGACACUGAAGGAAGCUGUGGAAAUAGCUUACAAGCUAAUGGAUUUAGAAGAGGCUGUCCCUUUAGAUUGCUGUCGUCUUGUCAAAUAUGAUGAGUUCCAUGACUACUUGGAACGAUCGUACGAAGGAGAAGAGGAUACACCAAUGGGUUUAUUACUUGGAGGUGUCAAAUCAACAUACAUGUUUGACUUACUGUUGGAAACAAGAAGACCUGACCAAAUUUUCCAGUGCUAUAAACCUGGUGAGGUCAUGGUAAAGGUUCACGUAGUCGACCUAAAGGCUGAAUCUGUUGCUCCUCCAAUAAGUGUACGAGCAUAUUUGAAUCAAACCGUUUCAGAAUUCAAACAGCUAAUUUCAAAGGCUACACACCUGCCUGCUGAAACAAUGCGGGUAGUAUUAGAACGUUGCUACAAUGACUUGCGUCUUCUGAAUGUUUCCAGCAAAACGCUGAAAGCUGAAGGCUUUUUUAGAAGCAACAAGGUAUUUAUUGAAAGCUCGGAGUCAUUAGAUCAUCAUGUGGCAUAUACAGAUUCUCAUUUAUGGAAACUUUUGGAUCGUCAUGCAAAUACAAUCAAAUUAUAUGUUUCAUUACCAGAGCAGUCUCCUGGAUCUCAGUUUAGACGUUCAAUUUAUCAGAAGCCUAGUGGAGAUUCAGGCAACUUGGAUGAAGCUUCUGAAAGAGUAAAAGGACCUGUAGGCAACAUGAAAUCUGUUGAAGCAAUUCUGGAAGAAAGCACUGAAAAGCUUAAAAGUUUGUCCCUGCAGCAGCAGCAAGAGGGUGACAAUGGAGACAGCAGCAAAAGCACAGAAGCCAGUGAUUUUGAAAAUAUUGAAUCACCUUCAAAUGAAAUAGACUCAUCAGCAUCAGCAGAAAACAGAGAACUUGAAAACCAAAUUCAGAUUUCUGAUCCAGAAAACCUUCAGUCAGAGGAAAGGUCAGAUUCGGAUGUAAAUAACGAUAGGAGUACGAGUUCAGUAGACAGUGAUAUCCUUAGCUCUAGUCAUAGUAGUGAUACUUUAUGCAAUGUGGACAAUGCCCCAAUUCCCUUGGCUAAUGGACUUGAUUCUCACAGUAUCACAAGUAGUAGGAGAUCCAAAGCAAAUCAAGGGAAGAAAGAAACCUGGGACACAGCAGAAGAAGAUUCUGGAACAGACAGUGAAUAUGAUGAAAGUGGCAAGAGUAGAGGAGAAGCACAAUAUAUGUACUUUAAGUCAGAACCCUACACUGCAGAUGAAGGUUCAGGAGAAGGGCAAAAAUGGUUGAUGGUACAUGUUGAUAAAAGAAUUACACUGUCUGCCUUCAAGCAACAUUUGGAGCCCUUUGUUGGAGUACCAUCCUCUCACUUCAAAGUCUUUAGGGUCUACGCCAGCAAUCAAGAGUUUGAGAGUGUUCGGCUCAAUGAGACGCUUUCAUCGUUUUCUGAUGACAAUAAGAUAACUAUUAGACUUGGAAGAGCCCUUAAGAAGGGUGAAUACAGAGUCAAAGUCUAUCAGCUUUUGGUAAAUGAACCAGAGCCAUGCAAGUUUCUUCUAGAUGCGGUUUUUGCUAAAGGAAUGACUGUCCGACAGUCAAAAGAGGAGCUGCUUCCUCAGCUUCGAGAACAGUGUGGCCUGGACUUAACGACUGACAGGUUUCGUCUACGAAAGAAAACCUGGAAGAACCCAGGCACUGUGUUUCUGGAUUAUCAUAUCUAUGAAGAAGAUAUCAAUAUUUCAAGCAAUUGGGAGGUCUUCCUAGAAAUACUUGACGGAGUAGAAAAGAUGAAAUCCAUGUCACAGCUUGCAGUUUUAUCAAGACGAUGGAGACCAUCAGAGAUGAAACUAGAUUCUUUCCAGGAAGUCGUGCUAGAAAGUAGCAGUGUUGAGGAAUUGAAAGAGAAGCUGAGUGAAGUAAGUGGAAUACCCUUGGAAAAUAUAGAGUUUGCAAAGGGUAGAGGAACGUUUCCUUGUGACAUUUCCAUACUAGAGAUUCACCAGGAUUUGGACUGGAAUCCUAAAGUAUCAACAUUGAAUGUCUGGCCUCUGUACAUUUGUGAUGAUGGUGCAGUAAUAUUUUAUAGGGAUAAAACUGAAGAAUUAAUGGAAUUAACAGAUGAACAGAGAAAUGAACUGAUGAAAAAAGAAAGCAGCAGGCUCCAGAAAACUGGACACCGCGUAACCUACUCUCCUCGUAAAGAGAAAGCACUAAAAAUAUAUCUGGAUGGAGCACCAAAUAAAGAUUUGACUCAAGACUGAUACUCGCUAUAGCAUUUUCCCUGGGGAAUUUUUUUGUUCAAAAUAAGAAGGUUCACUACUACUGUGUAGUGCCAUUACGGCAGGACACUCAUUAGGUGUAAAGCGCUGACACCAGCACUGAUUGGGCUGUGUUACCAAUCAGAAGUGCAGUGCCCUGUUGGGUCACUGUUUGACUUGGAAUCAUGUUGUGCACUAUAGUCAAAUGUACUGUAAAGCUAAAAGGGAUGUGCAAAUAAAAGAUUAGAACUAAAAAGUGGGUGGGGAGGGAAAUGAGUGGAAAUUUUUUUUGAGGACAGUGUGCACAUAGUAGCUAGUGAAACUAGCCUCAAACAGGCUACUCAUAGCUUAAUAAUAAAAGCUGUGCAAAGGCCAUGAAAGAAUCCUUUUGUUUGUUUCACUGAUACACACAUUACCUCAUCAGACAGUCUGAAGUAAAUGUUAACACAUUGGUUAUGGAAAAGCAGCAAAAAAGGGUUUAAAAAUGUAAUGGAAGCGCUACAAGCGUACAGGUCUUGAGAAUGUUUUCCCAUAAAACGGGUGGUCUGAGAGGUUUGUAGAAAGCUGUCAGCCAGGGUUACUUCGUUUUUGCAGAAAUGCUGUAGAAAGGUAAAUUUGUUUUUUAACAGGUUACAGAAGCCCGAUGAGCAGCUCUAUUAUAUUGCAUCCAAUGUGUAAAUAAAACUUGCCCUAUCCAUUUAACAGAACUGCAGUUCAGCUAUUUACCAUGGUAUUUCUUUUCACAUAUCAACAUUCAUUGUGUACAUUUGAAAGUGUAGUUACCUAUUUAAAUUUGUAUUCCUUUUGUUUGAUAAUGCUGGGUACUUUAGGGUUGUAUUCCCCUUGUUAAUGAAGUUUUUUGUUUUGUUCAGCUACUCUUUUGUACAUUUUGUUUUUGAGACUAUUACAAGUUCACAUCUUCUCCACCUGCUGAAAGUAAUUUUAUUUUUUCCUGGAGUUGAUUCCAUAGCUAUUCGUAGUCAAAUAUGGGGGCAAUCUCUAACACCUCAACAUAUAAACUUGGUAUUUCAGGUUGUGGUGCAAAGACUUAUGCAGUCAACAUGAUUUCAUUGCAAAGCCUAGGAACAGCAAUUUUUUGCUUUGAUCCAUAAAGAUCAAUAGAGAACAAUUCUCCUUAGUUUUUGAAGAAACACCUAAUUUAUAAAAUCAAAAGAUUUUGGUAAACUUUUUCAUGCCAGAUGCUGUUUACAACAAUGAACAUGCCAAUAAAACCUUUGUUCAUUCUGUUGCAUUUUAGUCAUUAAAUGUUGUGGUUUUUAUUUGAAAAAUGGCAGUUAUUUCAUGGACAUAGGCUUUUCCAAGGCAAUGCCAGAAUUUUAAGUCUGUAUAUUUGUGUAUAUAUGUGGACAUUCCAUACACAGAGUAUUAUGGGAAUUUGUAGCCUGUCUGCUGUUCCCCCGGAUUUAUAUUCGCACUGCAUUUUUUUCAGUUGUUUUCUUUUCAGAAUUUAAUUCCAUACCAGUGAAACUGCUAGGCUUGGGAUAUGAUUGGCAGCUAAGUUUUGGUCCAGAGAGAAAAAAAAGGAGUCUGAAGAACCGAACUGGUUUUCUGCUUGCUGAUGCACAGUAACCUAAAAAGCCUGAGGAAUCCAGCAGCCUGAGAGCCAGGCACUGCUGCACAGAGGAAUUCCCUUGUUCUUCCUUUUCUGUUGAAGCUGUGACACUUCAUGUCCCACACAAAUGAGAUGGAAGCAGAAGGAAACACGGUGUGAGUACCACCCAGUAGGUAGAAUAGCUUCACUGAACUGCCACUUAUGUGUGUAUAGGCUGCUGAGGAAUCCUUAGAGUUGCUGGAAGAAGUAGAAGUAGUAGUAACUAAAGAAUACCAAAAAAUUGCUUCAUCUUUAGCCCCUUUUAGGAAACUUUAGUUAAACACUUUUUUUUUUUUUUUUUUUUUUUUUAAAUAAAUUUUAACCCUGUAGGUCUUGAUUGAAAUUUGGAUAGAGGACAGAGAGGCAUCUUUAUAAUGAUUACCUCUCCAGUGGCACAGUUCCUUCUGUGUAUUUGUAUUGGAAUAUAUUCUGGGUUAUCCGGGGAGAUACUUAGCAGCAUCAGCUUUACAUUCUGAUAAUUAUGAAUUUGUGCAUUUUAAAGAAACAAAAAUCCCUUGAGUUUCUAAUUAGUAAGAUUUCUGCAGAAUUAAUCUGAUUUCUGAUAAAGUCAGGGACUGAGGCAUCAGGAUACUUGAAGGGACUAUAAUGGUAUCCUUAUAUAGGGUAGUAUUUAUGGACAGUCCUUGCUUUCUUGAAGUACUGUUUUUAACAGGAAAAUCGCAAUGAAAUUUAAUGCCUUCUGAUUGUAUAGAAGGGUUGUCUCUAAAGCACUGGAAUUUUGCUUGGGAUAGAAGGAAAGGUAAAUUCAUGGUACCAUGUCAGAGAACAUGUGUAUGUGUUGGAUUGAGACUUGGUGGUAGGAAAGAAUCCUUAAACUAAAAGCCAGGCUGUUCUGAUGAAAUAACCUUCUUGUCCAUAAUGAUCUUUGUUCACAUUAAUUCUGCCACACAAGGAAUUUAUUGAAAAGCUUUCACAGACCUGAAGUGGUGAAAGACUUGAAGGCUAGUAGUGCAGUCUGCAACUCGUUAAGUUAUUGAUGCUCAGCAGUUCAGAUUAGACUUAAGCAGCAGGGGAUGGUAUUUGGGAACAAGCUCCAUGAAAAAUUAUUUGUCUGGAGCCUCAUGACAUCUUUCAACAUGUCCAAUGAUAGUGAAAUCUGUACAUCCAAAAAUCAUUAAUGGUAUAAAAGCCAUCAAAGCAAAUGGCUGAAAUAGCUGGGAGCCAGGGCGUUUGAUGGAUUAGAUUUUGCUCUUAGCUUGAUACUGAUUUCUUAUAUCAAUGACUUGUCAACAUGGUACUGAUGAUAUUCAUAUUUUGUUACAGACAGAUUGUAAUACCUAUGAAGUGUAUUAAAAGCAUGAAACACCUUAA